AUGCCCCAGGUAGCACGACUAGGUAACUAUCAGGAGUCAGAAGAAGAUAACUGGGAUGAUUUGGUUGACAAUAAUCACGAUUUAGACGAUGUUUUAAGGACAUCGAUUUAUUCCAACAGAUCAUCGACAACCACCACCACUACCAGCUCCAACAACUCACCGACCAAGAAACCUCAGGCACCACAAAUAACAGGUCCAAAUAGCAACAAAUUAGGCGGUGCUAUGAAAAGCAGCAAUAACAGGAAACCAUACCAGUCGAUCUCGUUGGCGGAUUUUGAAAAUGCUAUGACGAACCAAUCAAAAAAUAAUGGAUCUUCCAAUAAUAAGUCUGGAAGUCCAUUGAAGACAAUGCUUAACAACUUUAGCGACAACACUUUGAAAGAUACUAAUGAUGAUGGAUUCGAACUAGAUAUGAAUGUCACGUUGAAUCGAAAUCUUAUAAAUCUUAUGGAUAAUGAAAGAAAUAAUAAUGAAGAUGAAGAUGAAGAUGACGGUAUGAUGACCCUAAAAAGAAACUUUAGUAGGAUGCCUAAUGAUACAAAUUAUCAGACUAACGAUGAUAGCGAUAUUGAAUAUGGGAUUGAGUUUCCUGAUGAUUUCAGUAUCUCUCCUAAAAGUCCAAAGAAGAAUUCUAAUCAACAGCAAUAUGGCGAUAAAUUUUCUAUGAGCGUGUAUAAUGCCCAGGUACGGGAUGGCAAAUCAGGGUUUUACAAACCACAUUUCAUGAAUAAUCAAGUCUAUGGGUCGACGUUAGAUUUAUCUCCUGCUAAUUCGUCAUUCUCAGGGUCUACAUCGGGAAAAUUCGAGAAUUCUUCAAAUUCCACCGCAUCAGUUUAUAGUGAAUCAGAAACCGAUGCCACGGAUUUCUAUAAUGAUAUUGAGUUUGAGAAUGAUGAUUUUGAGAAGCUACUUGAACUAAGGCUUAGAAAGGCAAAGUACCAAGCAGAGCUUGAAGAACGAGAAUUUUAUCUUUUGCAACAAAAAAAAUUGAACAAAGAAAAACAAAUGCUCAUUAAUGCUGAUAAAAGAAUCAUUUCCUCCGAUGUCAUGAAUUUACCUGAUGAUACGUUUAUUUAUCCAAAAUAUCCAAAUCAAAGAUACAAUAAUGAAGAUAUUAGCAACAAUGAUGAAGACGAGGGAGAGUUUUUGGAAGAUUUUGCAGAUUUUGAAGAAGAUUUGAGUUUUGCUAUUGGCAGGGAAAAUGAUAUUCAUAAGAAUGUGGUGGUAAAGCCGAUGGACAAUCGAAGGAUGGAUUAUGGGACGGUUAGCAGACAACAGCAAUUAUUUUUAAACGACGCCAACGUGAUGAAAUUUUAUAAUCAACCAACAAACCCCGAUUAUAGAUCAAAAAGUAAGUCACCCACCAGAAAAGCCACUUAUUCUGAAACUGUGAAUAAUCGGUUGAUGUCUAAAAAAUCCAUGCCCGCAUUGAGGUCUGCUUCGUCACGGCAACCAAAUAUCAGAAAAGCUUCUUCGUCUAUGCUACUAAAUGUCAGCAGUCCAAUGUUUAUGAGAGACGGCAAGAAAAAAAUCAUUGUUCAACCAAUUCACAAAAAGCAUUUUGGAGAUGGUGGGGAAUUAGACGAUCUUGAAGAUUUGGACGUUGAUUUCACUAAAGAAAGUCAGAGUUUGAAUGCUUGUUAUUCACGUGGGGGUACCCUUAAGGGUGGUGUUCCACCGCAACAGAUCAUUGAUAUCACCAAAUAUAUGGAAGUGAUUCCUAAUAACCCACGGAAGAGUAUCUUGAAGAAUAGCAACAAUAGCCCCACAAAAUACCAUGAAGACCGGAGAUCUAAAAAGAAACGACCAGGGAAAUUAGGACUCAUCAAACACCUCAAUAAUUCCAAGAAAAAAUACGUUGUCGAAGGGUAUAAUGGCAACAAGAUGGUUUACAAUCCCGUAACUUAUAAGUGGGAAGGGAAUGAAGAUGAUGCUAAAAGGUUUGCCAGUAUAAAGCCCGUCAAACAACCAGCUCUAAUUACGUUCCUUAAUAAGCGAAACACUAACCAGGGCGGCUAUGGCACAGUAAAGCCUAUAAAGAAGAAGAAACCAGUGGCUAAAAAAGGCAACAAGAUCACCAGUCAAGACGAUAGUGAUUUUGAAGAGUUGAGCAUGGAUGGAUUACAGAUAGAAGGUAAUAUGUAUUUCAAUCCUCGGAAACUUUGUUGGAUUACCUUGAAUGCGGAUGAGGAUUCUGACGAGGAUCCAUUCAAGGAUAUUAAUGACCUUGAAGUGCACCAACAUCCUAUGUUGAUUGAUAAUGAAUCUGUUGAUUUCACUUCUAAUGUUAAUGUGAACGGGUCGCCAUUUAAAAGGUCAACCAAUCGGAAAGCAUCAGAUAUGAACCAAUUGAAUCAAAUGUUUGACAAUAAGUUGGGUUUUUCGAAAUGGCAACAACCGCAAAAUAAUUUUAAAUCAUCAGUUCAUAAACCACCAAGAUCUGCAAUGGAAUCACCCAACAUGCCGAUGGCAAACCAGUUUAGGGGAUUCAGCAAUGCUUCGUCUCCUGAUUUGCUGGGUAGCUCGCCUUUAAAAGCACAACAAUACUCCAAUAAUCCUGAGUUUCAAGUGAGAGAUGAAUUUGAUUUGAAUGAAGAGAUGGUGUAUAAAUUCAGGCAAGAAGAGGAAAGAUGGAACAAAAAAGUAAAGCACUGGUUUCAACCGGGAGGGGAUGAUGUUGUUGAUGAUAGAGAUUAUUUAUUUGAGAUUCGGAACAUGGUAAUGGGAAAUAACAAAUAG